UUAUGAUUAAGUAAAAUAUUUGUUCUUAUUUUGGGUAACACGUCAUGUAGCACUUAAUGAUGUGAACUGAAAUUUUAAACUUAAAUGUAGAGCCAUUCAUUCAUCAGCAAGCAGUAGUAUCUUGAAAAUAAGGAAAACAGGAAAGAGUAUGGUACAAUUAUAAGCUCUGGCACAAGGCCAAACUGCAUCUUCUUGAAAUACAUCCUAAGUAGACUGUACAAACAUUGAAAAUAUGAUUGUGUGAAUUUUAUUGGGCUCCUUGGUUUUGCCUUUGAGUCAGUCUGAUUCAGCUUCACCCUUGAGCAGAACCAAAGUAAAUCAAAUACAACAGACACUUGGAUCAGAUUUCAACUUCCAGAGUCUGAUGUAAGAAUUUGAAUGUCAUUUUUAAAGAAAAGGAAUAUUUCUAGUCUUCAGUUAAGAAGGGAAGAGUUUGAGAACAUAAAAUGACAGCAAGAAUGCAUUGUUUGCAUCUGGAAACCUGCCUUUAGUGGAGUUGAGCCAGAAAGCAACUUGUCUGAGAGUUUUCUUACCGCUAGGAAGGAUAAGACCCUGCUGUUCUAGAGAAGAUAUGGUUGAGUAGGGUAUGAUUGGGCUCAAUGUCGUCUUGGGUUCCUCUGACUGAAUUAGAAAAGGGUAAAUAAACUCAGGUCAAUCUCCAUGUCAUCAUCAUUGCAUCAAAUGAGAUUUUUCUCAGUAGGUUGCACAGAUCAUAAUGUCAUUGUUUCUCUUAUUACUCUUUUUUAUCGUAAGUAUCCAUCAUUGCUGAUAUUUAAAAUGAUCAUUGGACUGUCAAGUUAAUGUUUCAUGGUGAUAAUUGAGAGAGUUAAUCUCUUAAAGCUAUUGUUCUAAAACUUUCUCUGGCCUCACUAUAGAUGUCACUGCUUUAGUUGCCUUCACUUUGUUCUGAAUGCUUUUCUUUCUAACUAUAUAAGGUCUAAUUCUUUAGAUUAUUGGUGUGUUCUCAAAUUGGUAGUCAGAGGUGUGGCUGUUUACUAGCCUAGCCCAAAGAAAGCUGUGGUUUAAGUAGGAAUAGAUUAUUCUUGAAUAUCAAACUUAUGAACAUUUUGAAGACAUCAGUGAAAGCAUGUUCAGAAGACAUCUCCACAUAUGGAUGUCUACCCUGACAUCAAAAUGCAUUUAAUCAUCUGUUCCUCUGUCUGCUCAGAUUUGACUAAAAGUUAGAUAGCAACUGGCUAAAGUCUAUUUUACCACAAUACUGUGAGAGAGAGUUAAGUGUGUGAGAUGGGUGGGAGCAAUGGGGAAAGGAAAUGAAAGGAAUUCUCUUGCUAGAAUAAACAUUAUAGGAGAAUAUCGGGGCAUUGCUGCACAGUUUACUUAAUGCUUUUUAGUGGAAUAUGUGGGUUCCUAUCUCAUCCCUCUAUUAAAAAGUACCUCUCUAGCAACUGAUUUACUUAGAGGAUAACAGUUUACUAGUGCUAGCAGUUAAUAUUGUGUUCUGUGCCCCAGAUCUAAUGGGCCUGUAUUCAAAUUUAGCUCAGUUACCUGGGUUGAGGAUUCAGCAUGAUUUAGUAUGUUGCAAGACCUCUUUUUAUUUUCUUUACUCUGUUUAAUUUCCUGAAGUGUGUUAAUAUUGCAAGAACAGGCACUCUGUGCAUGUAUACAUGUAAAAAGUGUUUAUGUAAACACACACUUAACUUGGAUAUUUAUGUAUCUAUGCAUGAUAUUUUUGUACCUACCUGUGUAAAAUAUAUGCAUGUUUGUGUAUAUAAAUAUGUGCAGUAUAUGAAACUGAAAGCUCACACUACACUAAUGCUACAUUAAGUUUUAAUAGUUAAAGUAAGACUCAAGAAAAGCCAAAGUCAAGAUUCCUGCAGGAAUAUUAGCACACGGUAUGUCAAAAAACAUACAUUUUUCAUCAAUAAUAGAGACAUAUUUAUUGACUGCAUUUAUCCUUGUUUUCUUAGAAAGCAAGCAAUAUAACCUAAAAUGUAUAAUGCUGUAUGUGCUCAAAAUGUCAACACUUGACAUCUAGGCACUCACAGCAGCAAAUAGUGAUACAUUUAUGUACCUUCUUUGAGAUACUUUGCAUGUUGCAUGUACCCAGCAUAUAUAGUAUGUGGAUGUUCUUGUUUCAUUUCUUUUUUAAAUAUUUGACUUGUUAAAUAGCUAUAAAAUAUAGAGGGGAACACAGUUUGACUGAGUUAACAUUGCUGUUGGGACCUUUUUUUCCUUGCUUUUUAAUUUUACUUUAAGUGAUCUUGGCUUUUCUCUUAUAAACAUGUUUUAAACAGGUGAAAGGGAGAGAAUGUAACCAGUUGGUGUGGAUUUAGUGUUCUCAUUCCUGGAAAAGCAUGUUCAGUCUUAUGAAAAUGUUACAUCUUUUCUUUGUCAUUUUCAAAAAAAUAUUUAAGGGUUAAUUGUCACAUGUGCCUCUUGCAGAUGGUGGGAAUGAACUGCAGUGUUUAGUAUACUGUGCAGUUAAUCCUGCAGUUUGAUGAAUGGACCUUGAAUAGACUAGGAGAGUUUGUGGUCCUGACAUAACAAAGGGUUAAUGGUUCUUGUUAAGCCUUACUGUAUUAAUACUGUGAGUUAUUAAGGGAGACAGUGAGACAUAGCACCCUGGUGACUGUUGCUGGCUGUGGAUCGUAGCUUUUAGCCUGGAUGGCAUCUUUCCUAACUGCGACUUUGAAUAUGGGGACUUUGUUCAGCAUUGUGAAGCGUCGCUAUAAAAGGAGGCGUAAGAAACGUUCUGAGAGGAAAGACAGAAGCAGUCUCCUCCAGCCAAGAAACCAGCAAAAGUAUUUCACAAUGGAUAUCGAUGAUGAAGAAAAUAUGAGUUCAAGCAGCAUUGACGUUAAAGAAAACCGCAACAUGGACAACGUUACACCUAAGGAUGGCAGUGUGCAAGGUGCCGGGGAGGGAACUCAGCUCUCCAAUGGUGGUGGCAACAGCAGCAGGAAACGUCCAUUGGAGGAGGGCAACAAUGGCCACUCCAAGUUCCGCCCUAAGAAGAGGAAGAAAACACCAGGGCCUGUUUUGCCAAAGAAUGCACUGAUGCAACUAAAUGAAAUUAAGCCUGGUUUACAGUACAAGCUUCUUUCCCAAACAGGACCAGUUCAUGCCCCUAUUUUUGUGAUGGCAGUUGAAGUUAAUGGACAGAUGUUUGAGGGAUCUGGCCCUACAAAAAAGAAAGCAAAGCUUCAUGCUGCUGAGAAGGCUCUAAGAUCUUUUGUUCAGUUUCCAAAUGCCUCUGAAGCACAUCUAGCAAUGGGAAGAACUCUCUCUGUAAACACAGACUUUACAUCUGACCAAGCAGACUUCCCAGAUACGCUUUUCAAUGGAUUUGAAACUCCAGUUUCGUCUGACAAUUCCUUCUAUUUAGGAUCCAAUGGAGAUGGAUCCUUUAGCUCCAGUGGUGACUACAGUCUGUCAGCAUCCACUGUGGCUAGUAAUCUUAUCCAGUCACCCCUUCCCACACCAUCACCAUAUCCAUCCACAAGUGGAAAGAACCCUGUAAUGAUUUUGAAUGAGCUCAGGCCAGGGUUAAAAUAUGAGUUUCUUUCAGAAAGUGGAGAAAGUCAUGCUAAGAACUUUGUGAUGGCAGUGGCAGUGGAUGGGCAAACGUUUGAAGGAUCAGGAAGGAACAAAAAACUUGCAAAGGCUCGGGCUGCUCAAUCAGCUCUUGCAUCUUUAUUUAACAUGCAGCUGGACCAGACACCCUCUCGCCAGCCCAUUCCCAGUGAGGGGCUCCAGUUACAUUUACCACAGGUUUUAGCUGAUGCUGUUGCACGCUUGGUUGUAGAUAAAUUCAGUGAUUUGACUGAUAAUUUCACAUCUCCCCAUGCACGUAGAAAAGUUCUUGCUGGAGUUGUCAUGACGACAGGUACAGAUGUGAAGGAUGCCCAGGUAAUAAGUGUUUCCACGGGAACAAAAUGUAUCAAUGGGGAAUAUAUGAGUGACCGUGGACUUGCAUUAAAUGAUUGCCAUGCAGAAAUUAUCUCUCGCAGGUGCCUGCUUAAAUUUCUAUAUACACAACUUGAGUUCUUCUUAAGUAAUAAAGAUGAUCAGCUAAAAUCCAUUUUUAUCAAGUCUGAACGAGGAGGGUUUAAACUGAAAGAAAAUGUGCAAUUUCAUCUCUAUAUCAGCACCUCUCCUUGUGGAGAUGCUAGGAUCUUCUCCCCACAUGAAGCAGCACAAGAGGAUCAGGGAGACAGGCAUCCAAACCGUAAAGCAAGAGGACAGCUACGGACAAAAAUAGAAUCUGGAGAAGGGACAAUUCCUGUCCGCUCUACAACAACUAUCCAGACCUGGGAUGGAGUACUACAGGGAGAGAGGCUGCUUACCAUGUCAUGCAGUGACAAGAUAGCUAGGUGGAACGUGUUGGGUAUUCAAGGAGCCUUACUUAGCCUCUUUGUGGAGCCAAUUUACUUCUCUAGCAUCAUCUUGGGGAGUUUAUAUCAUGGGGACCAUCUAUCCAGAGCAGUAUACCAGCGGAUAGCAGAGAUAGAAGAUCUACCAACUCUGUAUACACUCAACAGACCUUUACUUAGUGGUAUUAGCAAUGCAGAAGCCCGCCAACCAGGAAAAGCACCUAACUUCAGUGUAAACUGGACAGUAGGAGACACAGGUCUGGAAGUUAUUAAUGCUACAACUGGCAAGGAUGAGAUGGGCCGUGCAUCUCGCCUUUGUAAGCAAGCUUUGUACAGUCGCUGGAUGCGUAUUCAUGCAAAGCUUUCCUCCAGCCUGCGCUCAAAGAUCCUCAAACCUAACCUGUACCAUGAAACCAAGCAGGUAGCCACGGAGUAUCAAACUGCCAAAGAGUGUUUGUUUAAAGCAUUCCUGAAGGCAGGGCUUGGAGCCUGGGUGGAGAAACCAAUAGAGCAGGAUCAAUUUUCUCUCACUGUCUAAUUCAUGAACUACACAUCGCUUUCAGAAAAGGGGUCGCUCUGGAAAUCCUGGUGUCCAGCAUCUUUUUCUGGCAUUUCUACAGCUGUCAAUAUAUCUUCUAAGCAUUUUUUUCUUUUCUUUUCUUUUCUUUUUUAACUGACUAGCAACUAGUUUUAUGUUUUGCCUGAAUAUUGGAAGUUGGUGAUAGGUUGAUACAAUAAUUCUAUGUUUUGUAAUUAAUAAGUCUUGUUGGUGGACUUCUAGAAAAUCCUUUUACUGUAAACAAAAAAAAAAAUUACAGUAAGUUUGUCUUUCCAGUACAAAAUAGCUCAUUUUUUCUGGGUGAGAAAUAAUUCCUUUUUUACUGCAGUGUAGGCAAGCGCUUGAAAAUGUAAUUUCCAUUAGGUUUUACACUCAGUUUUUUUAGUAAGUAGCUUGAUUUUUUUAAGACAUGCAUUGCAAAGUUAUUUUCUGCUCAUCUGUUAUCUUGGUUUUGAAUUGUAGAGUUUCCUAGCAAAUAGAUCACAAAGCCAGAAUGGAGUUUGGACAGCUAGUUUUUCCCCACUUCCUUGCUCUUUAAAACCAGCUGCUGAAAAUGUCAUGUCUUUGAUGUAUGUAUUUAUUAGUCUGUGACCCAGUUUUUAACAUGCAGCUUUUUAUUCUGUUUUUAAAAGUAUCUUUACCUCCCAUUUACACACAUUGUGAAGUCUUCAUUUUUUUACCAUUGUAAACUGGAAAAAAAUAAGUAUUUGUAAGUUAAAAAAUGUAGUCUGUAGUGUAUAAAAACCUGUUUAGAAGUAGGUCAUUUGUAUAUCCCAGGAACUCUUCAGAAUGCAAUCACAAUAGUAACAGUAAUGUGGCAACUUCAAAACAAAGUUGUUCAUUUUGAGGAAAACAAUUCUAAAAUUGCCAAAAACCACCCACUCCUACAAUAUUAAUUGCUGCUGUUCUCAAAGGAAUGAAAGGUCCUACGAAGGAUAAAAAAAAACCUGUUAAAACUGCUUUCUUGUGAAAUGUAUCUGUUUUAAUCUGGCUGUUGUUUUCCCUUAAAUUGCUUGUAGUUACCUAUAUGCUGGUCUGUAAAAUGCAGAGAUCUAGGCAAGUUACACUCAUUUUAUUUGCUUUAAUAAAUAUUUAGGAUAAUAUUUGAUUUAUAAAAUGUGUCCUAAAUUAACAUGUUCAAAUAGGGUAAAUGUCAAGAUGAAAAAUAGCAGGCAAAGUAGUCUGGGGUCUGUUAAGCCAACUAGUGUCUUAUAGACAUUUUGAAAUAAUUGGAGCAAAUGAAAUUUCACAGUGUCCCAAGCAGUAACUCUCUAGGCCUACCUAGGGAUGUAUAAAUACAUGAUGUGACUUGUGUCUUCUCAAAGAAUAUAAUGUAAACAGUCUGAAAGAAUCUCAGAGUAUUUCAAGCUCUUUUUAAAAACAAUUUGUAAUAGUGGUAACUACCUCAGCCCAGAGGAUUUCCUGCAGAUUGAUGAUUAUUUUGGUCAGUGAGACAAAUCACCCAGCUAGUUAUGAAUGAUCAGUUAGUUCCCAGUGCUGCAAUAAUUAUUGCACAAUUACAAAUCCUUGCCAAAGAAAUUAAAUAAAAGUUUCAAGCUGAAAAAAUUCUCAGUCCUAAAAUUGCUUGUAGAUUGAUUUAAGCCUUCUAAUUAGGGUCUUGGAGGCAAUAAAUGAAUUUGUAGUAUGAUUUUUUUUCAACACUGUGAGGGGAUAGAGAAUCAGAAUACCAUUAUGGGAAAGCAAGUCAUGUACAUGCCAUUUUAACAGCAGGGUUAUUUAUAUUGUAUUGUUCAGUGCAGAUGUAUUGGCCUGGUCCUACAAACACUUAUGCAUUUGCUUCAAGUUAAGCCUAUAAGUACUUCCACUGAAGUGCUGCGUAAAGUAUUUAUAUGCUCAAAGGUAAGUGUGCAUAAUGUUAUAGGCUUGAGGAACUAAAAUGGGGAGAAUUAUAAAUUAGACCAAUUUAUGAGUGUUUUAGCUGGUCUGUUCCAUGUGGAAUUAGUAUUAAAUUAAAUGUUUUUAAGGGGCUUGGUUUAUUAAUAAUGUCAUUUUGCAAUCUGAAUCUAUUCUUACUUAUCUUUUUAAACUUCACAUUCAAAAGUCGAGCUCUUCAGAAUUAAUGUUGAAGGUCAGAGAGGUAGCAGAUGGAACUAAUUUCUUGAUGAACUCAUGAAUGUGAGUAAUAUGUUGAAGUAUUGCUAUAGGCAUAGUUUUCAAGACAUUGAAAAUGAAAUAUUAAUUAAAAACUGUAUGCAAAGUGGGUUCCAUGUAGAAUUCUUUUCUGAUAAAAGAACAGCAUCUCUUAUGAGGAAUGAAGUUUCACUUUUGAUAAAUCCAGGGUUAAAAAAAAAUCAAGAGUCAUGUAGAACCCAUAUCUGUUUUUUGGAAGCCGGUGAAUUUUUUUGGCUUGUUCAUUGCUCCGUUGUUAAUUUUUGUGCAGUACUAUGUGAAAAUCAGAAGCUGCAGUUGUCAGACACCUCAAUUCUGCCAUAUCCUUUGUUUUCACUCUCUGCUCCACUUAGCCUUUGCAAAGCAGUGUUGUGAUUGCUGAUGCUCUUGUAUUCCUCACAAAUCACCACCAUCAAGCAUGGAUGACCUUUGAUGCAUUUAAUUCUAAAUGACUGUAAAUGAUAAGGCAACAUAGCUGCCAACAGUUGCUGAACUUUGUGGUUGACCUCUCUAUCAAGCUGCCAGCUUGACAUUUGUUUUGGAAGGUUGAAUGGUGUUUUUGAAUACUUUCAUUAUACUACAUAGUAUGAACUAAUGGAAGCUAAUCUUAUCAAAGAUUUGUAAAGCCAUUCUGGGGAUUCUUUUGGUUCUUUUAGGCUCUUGAGUGAAUGUGAGUGUUUGUCUCAGGAUCUUCACAGAAUUUCAAUAAAGAAUGAUGACUGUAAAGUUAAUAAAUACUUGAAAUAAGGUUUUCUUUUCCAAUCAAUAGUCUAGCUAUAAUAAAAGAUUAUAGUAAAAUAAAAACAUUUUAAGCAUAGGAUUUUUUUUAAUAUUCUGUAGGGAUGUGCAAGAGAACUCAGGCCUAAAGGUGACACUUGAAGGCUGGACUCUGGAUCUCGUAAUAACUGUAGAGCUCUCCCUGUCACUUGCUAACAGCAUAUACCAUUUAUGGGUCUUCAAAUGGUAACCUUUCUUCAUGUUUAUGUCUAACUGGCCAGGUCCUAUACCCCUUCAGACCACUUGCCUUUAGUGUACUUAAUUAUAAGAAUUGUGACAGUGCAGUAGUAUCCAUCUUAGAAAUGUACAAUGAGCUACAUGUACAGUUGAGAUUUUUUUAUAUCCUUCUUGUGCUAGACAGAUCAAGAUAUGCUACCAUAGGAUAGAAAUUAAUUAAUUCAUUAAAAAAUUCAGGAGUAGCAGCAGAUAGAAUUUUUAAGUGUUACCAUUCCCAAUUCCUCCUUAAAUCCUAAAACAAUUACAGCUGAAAGUUCAGGGGUGUUAAAGCUGUGUUAUUAGUAUUUUGUUAUACAGAUAAAAUUUCAAAAAAUGCGUGUGUAUAUUAUUUUCUCACUAAGAAAAUAAUCUUCUAAUUAGAUGUAUAAUACAAAUUAUAACACACUCCCAUCUCCAUGAAAAUUUUGGCCUGUUAAAAGAGUAGAGCUAUUAGUUUUCUGUUCAUCCCAGAUGACAGAAUUGUGGACUCAAUAUAAGUGGCUAUGAGGAAAAGUACGGGUGACCUCUGAAGGAAGUUUUCUUUCCCAUGUCUUUCAAAGACAACCAGCCAUUUUCUUUACUAGACAAGGAGACUAGUAUCUUGGACAUUUUCAGUUGAGGUUGCCACAUAACUGAAGUGGACCUUUCAUUAUCUUUUCUUUUAAAUAUACUGAAGGUUCUCCAUGCUUUAAAAAUUAUACUUUUGAUGUUCACCAUGCAAUCUUUUACACUCAGCAAGGGGUUGCUUUUGAGUCUUCACUUUUUUAUCAUGAUGUCAAUUGUGAAAAUCAUCCUGACAUUUUUUUGAGGGGAGGGAGCUGUGAUUCAGGUAUAUGAUGGGAAUAAAAAUGUUUAAAGUUAUUUAAAACAUAAGAGUGAGACCACAGAAAUAAAAUGUACACAAAAUGUAUAAAAUAUAUUAUCCUGUCUCAGAA